GCCUCAGCUAGUCGUUAUCCGCGAUAAUACCUGAAGCCGGGACAAUUUCAUUAAAUAAUCGAUCUUGACCCACGUGACUCGCGAUUCCAAUCGAUCAUCGAGAAAAGAUGACGGAUCGCAUAACAAUCCGGUCACCCCUGUUGGUGCUGAUCGCUUUCCUGUUGCUAUCAGGAUGUGUUAAUGGUGAAAUUGAACAGCGAGCCUCGAGGCAGUCGUUUGACCAAGCUCCGAAGACCCUGGAGGAAACCAUGAACAAGGACUGCAGCAAGUCCUACAGUGUCACGUGCCUCAAACUGGACGUUGUCUCGUUCGUUGACAAGUUGUCCGAGCAGAAGGACAUCGGGAUACUCCCGGGGGUCUCCGUUAUCAAGGAGAACACUACGGACGUGCCGGCUUCGGAUCUUGUCGCCAAUCUCGCCCGAGAAUUUCCCAAUGAUGUUGACAAGCGGCUGGAUGCAUACGUGCUGCACAAGAUUGGAAGCUACUUGAAUAGUCAUUUUAUUUCUAUCAAGCUCUUUGAUCCCAAGACAUUCGAGGCUGCCAGGAACUUCAACGAGGAGAGCCUCUCGCAAUUCGGAUUGUUCGGGAGUUCUUCUGCCGAAACAGGUCGAAGGAAGAAGAAUGGUAAUAUGGGCGCCCUUGCUGCUGGGCUCAUGAUGAUGAAGGGAACUCUGGGAGCUCUUGGAUUUGGUGCUUUAGCCAUGCUGGCGGGUAAAGCUCUCAUGACAGGACUGAUGGCUCUCAUGCUGUCAGCUAUUGUUGGAUUGAAAUCACUGACAAGUGGUGGAGAAAAGAAAACAACUUACGAAAUUGUCAGCAAGCCUGUUUACUCAUCUUCCCACACGCACAGCAGUGAGGAACAGCAUCAUGGACAUGGAUAUGGACACUCUGGAUAUGCGAGAUCCCUGGAUAUCGUUGAGUCCAACGUCCAGGAGGGCAUUCGGAAGUACGGAAAUGUGAGGGAUCGUCGUGCUGUUUGAUUCUGCCAAUAGGCCAUUAGCCUGAUCCAUCGCUCAGAUUCAAAUUCAAAUUCAAAUCAAUUGCGUGCUACUUUUCACCUUUUUCGAAAACAUUAUUCUUCUUUCUAUUAUUCUCCAUCACCUCUCCCUCGGAUUUCUUUCUAUCUCCUUAUUUAUUUGUCUUAAUCUUUCCCGACAAUUUUUCUCCUAUCGUCUUGGAUUUCCAGAAUUGAUUUGAAUCGAUAUAAGAGGAUUGGAAUAUAGCACAUAACAUAUCAGUCAAUAUUUAUUCUGAAGUUUUUUCUCUUCACGUUAGUGUAUUUAUUCGCAUGUACAUUAUGAAUAAAUUAUAUUUUUGUAAA